UAUUCGGAGGACCUUUACGAUAAUUCAGAAAACAGAAAUUUGAACGCGCAUUAACGUUGACCUCGUUUUAUGCGACAUUAAUCACACUUUGUGCAUGGAAAUGAAUUCUACGAAGACAUAAAACGUGAAUGGAUAUAUUCUAAUAAAGUGUGUCGUUGCAAUGACAGGUGGAGGUUCUCUAGCCGAGAAGAAAAUAUUUCACGUAGCUAGCUGGUAAACAACUAGCUAGCCCGCUCACUUACAGAGGGUGAAAUCGACACUUUUCACGUCAGAGGGGUGUCGGACUCAGUUUCGUUUCAGAUAUUCAUAUCAGAAAAGUGGUGAAUCUUCCCAUUUGUCGUUGCUAGUAGCUAGCUUGGUGCUCGUGCUUAGUCGGCAAGCAGGAGAGUAACGUUAGGGCUGUGGAAUGGUCCGACUUGUUAACGUUAGUUAGCCAAACACAGCAAACAAGAGCCAUGAUGAAGAGAAGGGGCGAGGCGGACUCCGAACCGCUGAAACGGAUUAAGAAACAACGUCUUGAGGAAGCCAGCUCAGAUGAGGAGUCGCCGCUACUGACAACCAACUCUAGUCAGAGUGACUCCCACAGUGACUCGGAGGACCAUAGACCAGGGUUCUCUAUGCCCAUUGUAUCCCAGAAUGCAUCGGCCACAGACGAUGCCAAACAGAGCGACGCCAACAAGUUCACCAUGUACAACACCGUGUCGCAGAAACUCAUGGCCAAAAUGGGUUUCCGGGAAGGUGAGGGUCUAGGUAAGUUUGGCCAGGGGCGCAAGGAGAUCAUCGAGGCGUCCACUCAGAGAGGGAGGAGGGGUCUGGGACUCACGCUGCAGGGCUUCCAGGGAGAGCUCAACGUUGACUGGCAAGACGAAAUUGAGCCCGGUGCUGUAGAAGAGCUGAAGUGGUUCCCAGAAUGCUCCACAGAGAUCCCAGAUGCAGAUGAGCUGAGGGGGUGGAUGGCUGUGGGACCGAGGAAACUGAGGAUUGAGGAUGAGACAGAGUUUUGCACAGAGGAUCUUCUACAUAGCCUUCUGAGGUGCAAGACAGUGUUUGACGAUCUGGAGGGGGAGGAGAUGAGGCGAGCUCGAACACGCUCCAACCCCUACGAGACUAUUAGAGGAGCCUUCUUCCUCAACAGAGCGGCUAUGAAGAUGGCCAACAUGGAUCACGUCUUUGACGGCAUGUUCACCAACCCAAAGGAUUCACAAGGGAAGCCCCAGACGCGAGAGCGCGAGGGGGAGCUGCUGUAUUUCGGGGAUGUGUGUGCGGGGCCGGGGGGAUUCUCAGAGUACAUCCUGUGGCGGCGGCGCUGGCAUGCCAAGGGAUUCGGUAUGACCCUCAAAGGACCCUGCGACUUCAAACUGGAAGACUUCUACGCCGCACCCAGCGAACUGUUUGAACCCUACUACGGGGAAGGCGGGGUGGACGGGGAUGGUGACAUCACUCGUCCGGAGAACAUCAGUGCCUUCCGGAAUUUCAUCAUGGAGAGUACAGAGAGGAGAGGACUUCACUUCCUUAUGGCUGACGGGGGGUUCUCAGUGGAGGGGCAGGAGAACAUCCAGGAGAUUCUGAGCAAACAACUACUGCUCUGUCAGUUCCUCACCGCAAUGUCUGUGCUCCGGACAGGUACGUCUGUCUGUAUCUUACUAUCCAGAAGUGUAAGGACAGUGAGUGACUUGUGUUCUCUGUCUCCCCCAGGUGGUCACUUCGUGUGUAAGACCUUUGACCUGUUCACACCGUUCAGUGUGGGGCUGGUGUACCUGCUCUACCUCUGCUUCGACCGGGUGUCCCUCUUCAAACCCAUCACCAGCAGGCCCGCCAACUCCGAGAGAUACAUUGUGUGUCGCGGUCUGAAGCCUGGUUCAGAUCCGGUCAGGGAGUACAUGUUCACUGUCAACCUGAAGCUCAACCACCUGAGGAACUCGGAGUCUGACGUCAACGAGGUGAUGCCCAUCGAACUCAUCAAAGGAGACACUGAGUUCUACAACCACAUGAUCAACUCUAACGAGAGCCACUGUGUAGUCCAGAUCAAAGCCCUGGCUAAGAUCCAUGCCUACGUCUUAGACGCGACCCUGUCAGAGGCCAGGCAGGCUGAUAUCCGGAAGGAGUGUCUGAAGCUUUGGGGGAUCCCUGAUAAGGCCAGAGUCACUCAUGUCUCUUCAGACCCCAAUUCCAAAUUCUAUGAGCUGAUGAAGGGUUCUGACAUCGAGUUGUUGAACUCCAAGCCCACCCCUCUGAGCUCCACCACUCUGGAUAAGGUGCACCAUGUCCUGGACUACCGGUGUAUUGUGGGAGGAGGGGAACAGCUCUUCCUGUUAGGUCUUGGGAAGUCUCAGAUCUACACCUGGGACGGCAAGCAUCCUCUGCGCUGGAGGAAGCUGGAGAACUUCAAGCUGGAGCUGCCGAGAGAGACCCUGCUCAGUGUAGAGAUUGUCCAGGAGCUGAAGGGAGAGGGUAAAGCCCAGCGCAGGAUUAACGCAGUACAUGUGCUAGAUGCCCUGGUUCUCAACGGCACUGACGUUCGGGUACAGCACUUCAACCAACGAAUUCAGAUGGCGGAGAAGUUUGUGAGGGCCGUGUCCAAGCCAAGCCGACCAGACAUGAACCCUAUCAGAGUGAAAGAGGUGUACAGGCUGGAGGAGAUGGACAAGAUCUUUGUCAGACUGGAAAUGAAGGUGACUAAGAGUUCAGGAGGAGUCCCUCGUCUGUCCUACACUGGCCGGGACGACCGCCACUUCCUCCCGAAUGGCCUAUACAUCAUCAAAACUAUCAACGAUCCCUGGACGAUGGCGUACAGUAAGAACACCAAGAGGAAGUUUUUCUUCAACAAGAUGACUAAACAGUCCACUUACGACCUGCCAGCCAAUUCUGUGGCCCCGUUCCACGUCUGCCAUACAGAGCGUCUGUUCUGGGCGUGGGAGGACGGGGUCAGAGUUCACGACUCCCAGACGCGGGUUGACCCUGAGAAGCUGUCUAAGGACAAUGUGCUUUCCUUCAUCCACCAGCACUACCAGCCCUGAGCCACCAGGGGGAGCCCCCCAGACACAUAGAAUAUUGCCAUAGACAGAUAACAGUACCCUGCACAUGGUUUGGCAAACUGGCAUUCACAAAAUGUUCAUGGGCGCUAUUUUGGCUUGAAAAAAAAUUGGCGGUUAGAAGUGGAUUAUAAUAAAAUGUUUGGUGCCAACAUGAAGGACAGUUUGCCUAACUCUAUGGCUCUUUGAGACAGCUCUCCCUGUAAUUAUGUUACAAAGACCACUCUCUCCUCUCUCUACUGCCCCAAGCUCUAUGUAUCAGAUCAGAUCCACUGUACAGAAUGCAGCUUAGAAGUGAUUUUAAUACUUUAUGAAAACCAACAUUGACAAGCUGUCACAUUACGUGUUGCAUUGCAUGCUCCUGUUUUUUCUAUUGAUUCCAUGCCCCCCCCGUCCCUUUGCUUGUAUUCAUGCCAUGCCUCCAUGAUUUGCAGUGUGUUUGUGUACAAGAUGCGGUGGUGUACUCUAAUUUAGAACCUCUCCGAAGCUCAAGCACUACAUAUGUUUUUGUCUGAAACUGAAAACCUCCCAUUGUGCCUUUUUUAAAGGGAUACUUUGGGAUUUUGGCAAUGAGGUCCUUUUCUACUUCCAGAGUCAGAUGAACUCAUGGAUACCAUUUUUGUCUCUGUGUCCAGUAUGAAGGAAGUUAGAUGUAGUUUCCCUUUAAGGCACUGCACUAUACGUCCUGGUAUGCCUGACUUUCAAAACGGAGUGCAAUCAUCUCACCCACCCAGCUUGUUUUUACCCUCCAAGAUCUUUACUGGAGUGCCUAGCCAGUCAAGAUCUUCUCCUUUCAGCAACAACUAAACCUUUGUACACAUGGGGAGUGGUGAGAUGUAGCAUAACUAGUGCCCAGAGCAGGGUUGGGGUCCAAUCCAUUUCAAUUCCGAAAGUAAACCAAAUUCCAAUUCCACAUUUUCCUCAUCAAAGAUAAUUGGAAUUGCAGUGUACUUCCUGAAUUGACUGGAAUUUACCACAACCCUGGUCAGGGAAAAACUCCUGGCCUUCAUUGAAAAAUGGGGUUAUAUCAAAUACAGCCUUCCAUGCAUUCUAGCCUGUCUGUCUAGGGGAUUAAUGGGGGUUUCAGGUUUUGGGCCUUACUUUCUACUCGUCGUCACCGUGUUUAUUAUGUUGCAUCCUGUUUCCUUGCUCCGCUGUCCUAGUUUUGUUUAGUUUGUGAAAUUUUAAGGGGAUGAGGUAAACAUUUUCUUUGUUUCAAACCCUGUUGAUGAUAAUGUAGUAAUAAAAAUAAGUUUGUUCUUCCCAGAAACCUUU